AUGGGCAAAGAAGAGCUCUUGACAGCACUGGCGGACUUUCACGUCGACAGAGGAACAACAACUGAAGUAGACGUGCGCACGCAAUGUGCCGUUCUUCAUGACGCGCUAAGGGACAUCCGUCGCAACCGCUGGCGGCUCCUCGAAGACGCGUGUUCAGUUGUGCUGCGGCGCGUGUUCGAGUUGGUGGCCAGUGGUCCACAGGAGACCGACCAGCGCCUCCAGUGUCGCGCACAACCGCUUUCAACAGUCGAAGGCAUUACGCUCUGUCUGUGCUUUCUCGAGCCGUUGAUCCCUCCUUCGACCGCUUCAAUGGAUCAAGUGUGGGCACGAGACAACAACAACAACGACGACAAGGACGACAGGGACGACCAAGAAGAAGGCUGGAAGCAACGGGCCGUGCUCGUGGCUGCUUUGUUGCACUUGCUUGCCGCCGUUGCGAGCACUGCAAGAGCCAGUGAGGUGACGGCACGAGUGGUGGCGAAUAUCUUACAAUGUGGCAUCGACGUGUACGUGCUCUUCGCGACGCUUCGGUUCCGAGAAGAGCUCGCCGCUUGCUGUCGGGCAGUACUGCCGUCGUCGCUCGAAAGCAGCGACACCGAGUCGGAAGGUGGUUUCAUAAACGAAGACGAGGCGACAACGAAUGCGUUUGCGCUGGAAGACGCACGCUGGAUAAGCGAGCAAGUGGCACGUACGUGGGGCUUGACAAAAUUUCGCUACUUCUUGCAGCCGUCAGGGCAAGCACACGCGUUUGCGGCGUGGUCGCGCCAUGGAAUCAGCAACUUCGUGUACGCGCUGCUGGUGGAUGACCAGCGCAGAGAAAAUGCGCUCUCGGUGAUCGUGUCGCCGUUGUCGUGGCUUUUUCACGUGGCGGCGUACGCCCAAGACAUGAUGCAGUCGGAGACACACCAGGAUCGCAGUCGUGGACUGGAGCUGCUGCGAGUGGCAGGCAAACUGAGCCGUCGGGAAAAGCUGUCCGUCAUGGUUGAGAAUGGAGGCGAAUCUGCGCGAGGCACGGCGCAGUCGUUCCGGGACCAAGCUGCAUCUUUUUUCAAUCGAGAUUGGAUGUCUCCUUUGAUCCAGGUCACGAUAAACGCAAUGGUAUCGUUUCUUGAGGCCAAAGAUCGAUCAGCCGCGCUAAUGGUCGUAAAGGAGCUGAUCAACAAACUCGCCGUCAAUGAUCGGUUUUGGCUAUUGCGUGGUCUGCUGCUCACGUGUCCGUAUGGCAACGCUUCGGCCGCGCUGCUUGAUAUUGUCCGCGAGAAUGCAGUCGAGACGUGGUCGUCGACCCGUGCGAGUCCAUCGUCGCCGUUCAAGACAGCAGCAAUCUACUUGCUGCUUUGCGAUGUGCUGCGUCAAGCAGCAGAGCGCGACCUUGUGUUCCAAGCUGAUCUGCUCGCAAGUUCCAUGAGUCUCGUGCGAUUUCUGUACAUACGCGACAAGGACAACGAAACAGGGAUUCGUUCCGAAGCUUGCGAGGAUGGUAUCCAGGAAGUCCUGCUGCGUAUCGGCAGGAGGCUUCAAGUAAAGAUGGACGAAGCCAUGCCGUGCCAUGUUGUUGGCGCUGAGUCGUAUUCGGCUGAGAACGUUCCGCAUCUCAUGAUCGUGGAAGCGGCUCUUUGCUCGACUUUGGAGCUUCUCAACUGA